GCAGGCGGAUGGCCGCGGCCCUGCGUCGUGGCCGCAGUUUCGCUUCGCAGCUGCUGCCAGUGGCGACAGUGGCGGGCCCGGGUCGUCUCGGGCACCUGGGUGCCGCCAUGCGGCAGCCCGCCGCUCUCUCGGCGCGGCCAGACGGCCCCGAGGGUGGCGCGCAGGCGGGCGGCGGGGGAUGGCUGGACUCGCUGCGCUUCGACAACCUGGCGCUGCGCUCGCUUCCAGUGGACACCUCAGAGGACAGCGGGCCGCGGACCGUAUCCGGCGCCUGCUUCUCCCGGGUACAGCCCAGCCCACUGCAGAACCCUCGGCUGGUGGCCAUGUCACUGCCGGCGCUAGCGCUGCUGGGGCUGAAGGCGCCGUCGGCCGAUCUGGAGGCGGCGGAGGCCGAGGCGGCUCUGUACUUCAGCGGGAACCGGUUGCUGGCAGGCUCCGAGCCGGCAGCCCACUGCUACUGUGGCCACCAGUUCGGCAGCUUCGCGGGGCAGCUGGGCGACGGUGCUGCCAUGUACCUGGGCGAGGUGUUGACCCCUCAGGGCGAACGGUGGGAGAUCCAGCUCAAGGGCGCCGGCCUCACCCCAUUCUCCCGACAAGCCGAUGGUCGAAAGGUCCUGCGCUCAAGCAUACGGGAGUUUCUGUGCAGCGAGGCUAUGUUUCACCUAGGAAUACCAACAACAAGAGCUGGAACAUGUGUCACAUCUGAUUCAAAAGUUGUCCGUGAUGUAUUUUAUGAUGGGAAUCCAAAAAAUGAAAGGUGUACAGUUGUUCUGAGAAUAGCAUCUACAUUUAUAAGAUUUGGUUCUUUUGAAAUUUUUAAACCUCCUGAUGAGUACACAGGACGCAAGGGUCCCAGUGUUAACCGCAAUGAUAUUCGAAUGCAGAUGCUUGAUUAUGUGAUCAGCACUUUCUAUCCAGAAAUCCAGGAGGCUCAUUCUGACAACAAUAUUCAGAGGAAUGCUGCUUUCUUCAGAGAGAUAACAAAACGGACAGCGAGAUUGGUUGCUGAGUGGCAGUGUGUUGGGUUUUGCCAUGGCGUGCUGAAUACAGAUAACAUGAGCAUAGUUGGGCUGACCAUCGACUAUGGCCCUUUUGGGUUUAUGGACAGAUAUGACCCUGAGCACAUCUGCAAUGGGUCUGAUAAUACAGGGCGCUAUGCUUACAACAAGCAGCCAGAGAUUUGCAAGUGGAACCUGGGAAAGCUUGCUGAAGCUCUAGUUCCAGAGCUGCCCUUGGAAAUAAGUGAACUCAUUCUGGAAGAAGAAUAUGAUGCAGAAUUUGAGAAACAUUAUUUGCAGAAGAUGAGGAAAAAACUAGGCCUAAUCCAUCUGGAAUUAGAAGAAGAUAGUAAACUGGUGUCUGAACUCCUUGAAACCAUGCAUCUCACAGGUGGAGAUUUCACAAAUAUUUUCCACUUGCUGAGUUCAUUCUCAGUGGACUCUGAUCCUUCAAACUUGGAAGAUUUCUUAGAAAAGCUUACAAAUCAGUGUGCUUCUAUGGAAGAACUAAAAGUUGCUUUCAAACCACAGAUGGAUCCAAGGCAGCUGUCAAUGAUGCUAAUGCUGGCUCAGUCUAAUCCUCAGCUGUUUGCAUUAAUUGGAACAAAAGCCAAUAUAAAUAAAGAAUUAGAACGGAUUGAGCAGUUCUCUAAACUGCAGCAGUUAACAGCAGCUGAUUUACUCAGCAGAAAUAAAAGGCAUUGGAAAGAAUGGCUGGAGAAAUACAGAGUCCGUUUGCAAAAAGAAGUAGAAAGCAUUGGUGAUGCUGAUGCCUGGAACAGUGAUCAUGUGAAGGUGAUGAAUUCAAACAAUCCAAAAUACAUCUUGAGAAAUUACAUUGCCCAGAAUGCCAUAGAAGCAGCUGAAAAGGGGGAUUUCUCAGAGGUAAAAAAUGUUUUGAAACUCUUGGAGAAUCCAUUCCAAGAAGCAGAUGAUUUUGAGGAGAUAAAGGAAGGUGCAGAAGAGGAAGGAGCAAGUGCUGCAGCAGCUGCUUGUGCUCAAGAGACCAGAAGCAGACUACCAUACUGCAGUAAACCUCCUCUCUGGGCUUCAGAGCUCUGUGUUACAUGAUCUUCGUAACUGCCUUGUUUUGUUUUUCACUGUAAACUGAAGACUCUGAUUCUCCUUCAGCAGUGAAGAAUUCAGCAAGGCAAACUAAGUGCUAUUAAGUUAUUGAAACAACCCUACAUUUGGAUGCAUCUGCAACAGUCUUAAGCUCUGCUUAAUAUGAAGCAGUCAUGGAUCAUUGGAUCAAACCAAUAACAACUGACAGUCCAUAUACAUCAUUAAUUUAAAUGUUCUGAGAUUGCAAGUGUUUGCUUUAAUUGUUCCACACUGUGAGUAGAAAGCAAUAUUUAUACUGAGGCAGACUGAAUUCCAAACAUCCAAAUGGAGUUGUUGUGUGAAGACAAAAGCAGCAAGUCAGGAUUCUGAUCUGGUUUUGUCUGAUGUUUUAACUAAUAGUACCUCUAACACUUAUUUUCUGCUUUCUCUAUUCAGGGACUUUAUGUCCUUUUUAAUGGAGGAAUAGAUUCAGUGUUGCUUGUUUGAAGCUAUGUUUCAUUUAAUUAAGUAGUUCAUUUCUUGUGAACCUUCAGAUUGAUACGUAAUCAUUAACUAUUUUCAGAGAACUUGUGCAGGCCAGGGUCUAGGGGGGAGCAGUUGAUUUUUUUUCCUAAUAUAUUAAAAGCAAAAUGAAGGGAGACUCUAUACAUUUGCACUUGAAAAUCUUGGUGGUGAAUUUUAUUCAGGUUCAGUAUGUUUGCAUACCAGAGUGUAAGUAUUUACUAAAAUCAUGGCUGCAGUCUGUAAGCCAAUUAAUAGGCAAGGCCAGUUAGCCUAGUGUGACCCUUAAACCCCUGCCCCCAGUACUUCAGGUUCAUUGUUUAUUUGUGUGCUCCUCACAGAGCCUCCUUGUUUGAGAAGCAUGCAGGUGUGGAGCGCCUGUCUGCUCACACUGAUCGGUGGGAUUCUUCCAUUCCCACUCUGGUCUUGCACCAUUUAGUUUGUUUUCAUGGUCUUUCAAAACCUUUGUGCUACAAGUUGCCAUUCAGGAAUGCCCUGGUUGAGUCUCUGUGAAAAACAGUAGAGGGUGUGGGAGGAGGGUGGAAGCUGACUUGCUUGCAAGUUCUAAUUGAUGGUGUUUCAGUUGAGGUCUCAGCGGAAGAUUGGUUGGCACUAUUGUCACAUCAGCAAAAAAAUGUUCUGUAGUUAGCUGUUACUUAGCUUUCUGAACUUCUUUCUAAAGGACUCUAUUGCAGGUUCAGACACCUGAAAUAUUGGAAAGUUUGGUUUGAUGCAAAGGUUUCUCUCUUCCAAAGAGACCAUCAUCUUACACUGUGAAUGAAGAGUACUCCAGUAAUUUCUUCUUCCACCUCUGUGCAAGCUUGGUACUAGCUCAGGUUGAAUUUUAAGUCUUCCUCAAAAUAUGAGCUAUUGAAAAACAAGGAGAAAGUUGUGUUACUGCUUAUUCAUCUGUACUAAUAAUGAGUUUGUCCUCCUUGCUGCCACAGUAAAUAAGUGGCGCUUUGAAUGUUAA